AUGGUACGCGACCAGCAAACUUCAGCAGCAUUGGGACUGCCACCUCGGAUACGGGAUGAGGACUGUCAAAUAGCUGACCUCGAACCCUCGGACUUCGAGGAAAGUGGACCAAUAGGACCCUCUGAGAUAUUUCGAGCACCGCCCGAUGUACAUAUUUCUUAUGUGAUUGGAAUGGCCCAACUGGCCCGAUUAUGUAUGAAAAAUUCGCAGCCUGGAACGGACGAAAUACUAAAUGAUCGAUGUGUAGUGCGCGAAGUCGUCGCCAGCCAGUAUCUGCCUGGUCGGUCUAAACUGGAUAAUCCCACGCGACCGAUGCUCCAUCAGCGCCUCGUCGAUUGGGAAGCCAACCUCCGAAGGGAGAUGCAAUUCCAAACGCCUAUGAAGAGAGAUGCAAUGUUUCUUGUUGGCAUGCUUCAUAUGGCCUACAACAAUUUGUACGUUCUUCUAUACCGACCGCUUUUCCUACAGCCACCAGGCCAAACAACGAGUCCAGCGGGCAACAUGGCACUCGAUGCAGCAACCAGAAGCACUCGCAUUUUGGAGGACAUGCUCUCAGAAAAUCUAGUUCAACACGGGUCCCUUCAUUUAAUCACACACACAUUCUCGGCUUUAUGCAUACAUACUAUCCAUUUCGGAAGGGUGACAGGUACAGCACGGAAGCUAGCAGAACAUAGAGCCAAGCUUUGUCUGCUGGGGUUGAAAGAAUUGCAGAAAUCAUGGGACUUAGAGAAUUGGGUCCUCGACCUUUUCUUCCGUUGUUUAGAUGACCGUACUGCUCGUGAUCUUCGAUUGGCCGAUGUGACUGUGCCCCAAUCGGGAACACCAACGCUCUCCGGCAUCGAAGAAAUGCCUCCUGUCAAUCCUGUGAGUGGUCCAUAUCGCCAGCUGUCGCCUCGCCUAACGGAUGGCAUAUUGGCGACUCCCCAGAUAGCCCCGACACUUAACCUUGCAGAAGAAGCCGCUAUCAAUAUGGAUUGGUACGAACUCUUCAACAUGGAAGGUGAUGAUGUUAUGGGUCUUGCUGGAUCGUUAUCGAAUCCGGACUAUCUUAAUCCUCAGAAUCUCGAGUUUCUCUAUCGAUUCCUGUGA